AUGUCAGUAACAUUUGCCCGACGAAACAACACCACACAGCAGCUGCUUAAUCGUGCCGAAUUGCUUAGCUCGAGGGCAUUGCCACAACAAAAGAUCAUCGUCAUCACCGAUAAAGUAGGAUUCGAGCCAAACGCUAGCUCGGUGAUAGCGUCCUUGCUAAAGGAACAGUAUGGAGACACGGCCGGUUCAGCCGAACUCGUAGCUCACCUCAACGAGAGAGCUAAAUUCCAGCUGAUGAUAAUCUCCAAUCUAGAACGACGCUUCGAAGCAGCACAAAUUUUCAAAUACAUCACACGGUGUAGAAAAACGCCCCAGAUUCAGCACGUGUUCGUGUGGAUUGUGGAGCAAAAGCUAAAGGAAGCGUUCCUUUUACCCUACAUCGAACAUAUGGCUGAUAGUGUGAUUACGUUCGAGGAAAAGACACAUUUGUCUUUACUAGUGAAGAAACACACUGGGGCCGUUACCAACAAGUACUACGAAUUUGAUCCAAUGAAAGAAUCGUUCUUCGUCGUUGAGGUAAAACGGUCUGCAUCAACUAAACAGAGCACAGCGUUAAAGGAAGCAGACGAACCACCGGCACCAAAUCCGGCCGCUUUGGGUACAUUCAAAAUCGAUCUCAAGGAUGAAGAAAUGGCUGCCAAGAACGCUCUAACGUUACCAUUUGAAUUCUUCAAAACGCUUCCGGAAGGAGGCAAAAUUCUUUAUCAUCCCGAUGCGGAAGAUGACCUGGACGAAGAGGACCCGGACGAUGAUUUGUUGAUAUGAGUCCACACAAAAAU